GACCAUUACUCCUUCCUCUUGUCGCCCCACCCAGGCCUCUUCACCCUCCUGGUGGAAGAUUUUGGUGUCAAAGGGGUGCAGGUGGAGGAGAUCUAUGACCUUCAGAGCAAAUGCCAGGGCCCUGUAUAUGGAUUCAUCUUCUUGUUCAAAUGGAUCGAAGAGCGCCGGUCCCGUCGCAAGGUCUCUACCUUGGUGGAUGAUACAUCUGUGAUUGAUGAUGAUAUUGUGAAUAACAUGUUCUUUGCUCACCAGCUGAUACCCAACUCUUGUGCCACUCAUGCCUUGCUGAGUGUGCUCUUGAACUGCAGCAGUGUGGACCUGGGGCCCACCCUGAGUCGCAUGAAGGACUUCACCAAAGGCUUCAGCCCUGAGAGCAAAGGAUAUGCAAUUGGUAAUGCCCCGGAGUUGGCCAAGGCACAUAAUAGCCAUGCCAGGCCUGAGCCACGCCACCUUCCUGAAAAGCAGAAUGGCCUUAGUGCAGUGCGGACCAUGGAGGCAUUCCACUUUGUCAGCUAUGUGCCUAUCACAGGCCGGCUCUUUGAGCUGGAUGGGCUGAAGGUCUACCCCAUUGACCAUGGACCCUGGGGGGAGGAUGAGGAGUGGACAGACAAGGCCCGACGAGUCAUCAUGGAGCGUAUUGGACUUGCCACUGCAGGGGAGCCCUACCACGACAUUCGCUUCAACCUGAUGGCAGUAGUACCCGACCGCAGGAUCAAGUAUGAAGCCAGGUUGCAUGUGCUGAAGGUGAACCGUCAGACAGUACUGGAGGCCCUGCAGCAGCUGAUUAGGGUAACACAGCCAGAGCUGAUUCAGACCCACAAGUCUCAAGAGUCACAGCUGCCUGAGGAGUCCAAGUCCAGCACCAAGUCCCCCCUCGUGUUGGAGACAAGCAGGGCCCCAGUGGCCUCUGAGAGCACCCAUACAGAUGGUGCAGAGGAAGUGGCUGGUUCAUGCUCACAAGCCCCGACCCAUAGCCCUCCCAGCAAACCCAAGCUGGUGGUGAAGCCUCCUGGAAGCAGCCUGAAUGGGGUUCCUCCUACUCCCACCCCCAUUGUCCAGUGGCUGCCAGCCUUUCUAGACAAUCACAACUAUGCCAAGUCCCCCAUGCAGGAGGAGGAAGAUCUGGCAGCAGGUGUGGGUCGCAGCCGAGUUCCAGUCCGCCCACCCCAGCAAUACUCAGAUGAUGAAGAUGACUAUGAAGAUGACGAGGAGGAUGAUGUUCAGAACACCAAUUCUGCCAUCAGGUACAAGCGGAAGGGGACUGGGAAGCCAGGGUCAUUGAGUGGUUCCGCAGAUGGGCAGCUAUCAGUUUUGCAGCCCAACACGAUCAACGUCUUGGCUGAGAAGCUCAAAGAGUCCCAGAAAGACCUUUCAAUUCCUUUGUCCAUCAAGACUAGCAGUGGGGCUGGGAGUCCAGCUGUGGCAGUGCCCACGCACUCACAGCCCUCACCCACUCCCAGCAAUGAGAGCACAGACACGGCCUCUGAGAUUGGCAGUGCUUUCAACUCGCCACUGCGCUCACCUAUUCGCUCGGCCAACCCAACACGACCCUCCAGCCCUGUCACCUCCCACAUCUCCAAGGUGCUUUUUGGAGAGGAUGACAGCCUGCUGCGAGUUGACUGCAUACGCUACAACCGUGCUGUCCGUGACUUGGGUCCUGUCAUCAGCACAGGCCUACUGCACCUGGCUGAGGAUGGGGUACUGAGUCCCCUGGCGCUGACAGAGGGUGGGAAGGGUUCUUCACCCUCCAUCAGACCAAGCCAAGGCAACCAGGGAUCCAGCAGUCCAGUGGAGGUGGUGGAAGCCACCGAUAGCAGAGAGAAGACUGGGCUGGUCAAGUCCGGCGAGCCCUUGAGUGGGGAGAAGUACUCACCCAAGGAGCUGCUGGCACUGCUGAAGUGUGUGGAGGCUGAAAUUGCAAACUAUGAGGCCUGCCUCAAGGAAGAGGUGGAAAAGAGGAAGAAGUUCAAGAUAGAUGAUCAGAGAAGGACCCACAACUAUGAUGAGUUCAUCUGCACCUUCAUCUCCAUGCUGGCUCAGGAAGGCAUGCUGGCCAACCUGGUGGAACAGAACAUCUCGGUGCGGCGGCGCCAAGGGGUCAGCAUUGGGCGGCUCCACAAGCAGCGGAAGCCUGACCGGCGGAAACGUUCUCGCCCCUACAAGGCCAAGCGCCAGUGAGGACUGCUGGCUUUGACUCUGCAGCCCAUUCUUGCCGUGUGACUCUCACCAGGGCCUUCUCCCUGGUCUACUCCCCCUUUUCCCAGUAUUACUGAAUAUUUCCAGCCAGAGAGUCUAGGACCUGGGAAUGGGAGCCAGUCACAUUCCCUACAUCGUGCCCUGGGGCCUGGCAGGGGCAGGUCAGCCUGUAGUGCUGAGGAGGCAGCAGCUAGACCUGGAGCAUAGUGAGGUACUAUGGCUUCUUCCAUAGCUGGCUGUGUAGUGGCAGGACCUGGCCCUUCUGUGUGGGCAGCAGAAUAUAUAUUUUACUUAUCAGAGACACCUAUUUUUCUGGGCUCCAACCCAUUUUGCACCAUGUUGACAUAGCCAGCUUUCUGACACUGCUUUCUAUCCUAGCAGCUAUCAUGCUGAUGGGCCCACGUCCCUACAUCAUGCCAGGGUUAGAACAUUGGAGUCGCAGCUGAGGGCCUGAGUGGGCAUCAGGCCCUGCUACUCUAGUCUCUGCCGCCAGCCUGUCCCUGUCAUGAGGAAGCUAGGCCUACUCUCUUUAUUCCCUUUGGGAGAGUGCCAAACUCAGGGACCUGACUGCUGGGCUGGAUUGGAAGUGGGGUAUCCCGGAAGGGAUGAUAUUAGUAAAUUGGUGGUUCCCCUGGCCUGGGCAGAGAGAAGUGUUUGAACGAACUGUUAGGUGGCCUGAAAACUGUCCUAGUUCUAGCCAGUCUUGUUGCAACUGUCCUCUACAGCAGGGUUCUGGGGCUCUUUGCCUUCAGUGUUGUGGCCCUAGCUAUGGGCCUCCUUUUGGCUCCUAGUCUCGGAUCCUGGAGCUUGAGGCUCAGAGGAGCCUCUGCCCAGCCCCUCAGUAUUACCGAGUCUCUCUCUUAGGGGUAGCGGAGACAGGGCUGCUUGCGGGAAGCCAGCACCACUCAGCCCUCCCUGCUAUGCCAGCUUCCUCAGCUUCUAUAAGGCACUCAGGGUGGGGUACAACAGGAUCAAGACAACUGAUUGGAGCCUCUGCAUUCCCAGAGGUCCUGAUGCCAAGGGGUAAUGGGCCUAACACUGCCUCUGGAGCUCAGGCCCCAAAUUUUGCCCCAUGGCCUCUGCCAGGUGGCCUUGAAGGUGAUCCAAGCAAGCCCCUUAUCUGUACAUAGUGACUGGGAGGCUUACAGAUGUGGCAGCUGCCUCUCUAGGCUGAGCAUAACCUGACCCCUCCAACCCCUGUAAAUAUUGGAUUAAUGAAUGAAUAAAAUUCUCCUAAAAAAUGAA